UUUGCUUUUUAUACUGCCCUUUCAGAAGGGCUUUCAGCAGGGAGCACACAUCCUCCGGAGAGAGAACUGGGAAGUGUGGGAAGGCCUGCCGUCAGGUGCUGCCUCACCCGGGGCCGUGGCAGGCCCUUCAGGCCAACAGGAUACGGACGGGAAUGUGGCCGGACUGGUCCAGGGACGACCUUGGGCAUCUUGUCGAGACUUAAUGUAGGGCUGCUUCUAGGAGUGAUGGCUUUUGAGGCUGUGCGGCUGCCCACUACCAGCCUGCAGUAUGAAUGCCAACCAUACCGCAGUAAGAAAAAGAAGAAGAAAAUGACAGAGGAGAGGAAGAUUGGUAGUUCAGCAAACCAAGCUCUGCAGAUGCAAACUGAAAUUGAGGCGCUGACUGCUGCUGGUCAUGAGGCUUUGCUGCAGGCAAACAGAACUGAGGCACUGGCCAAAUUUAAAAAGGCAUUUUUAACAUCCCUGGAGGUGAAAGAACUGCAUGUUCAGCGAGCAUGUGCCUUCAACCUAGGUGCAGCUUAUGUGGAAGCAGGUAAGGCAGAGAAAGGUCUAGAAUUUCUCAAGCGCUCCCAACCACAAGACAUCAAUGAAGGAGGCACAGAGAAGAUAGCUGACUUACACUUCAAUUUUGGGGCAGCCUAUGAUUUACUUGGAGAUGUCGUCAGGGCUGUUGAACACUAUCGAAUGGCAAGUGACUUAUAUGGAUCACAGGAAGAAUGGCAGAAUGAAGCAGAUGCACUCAUGAAACUGGCGUUUUGCCAUUUGAACAUGAAGGCAACCAGCUCAGCUGCUCAGUGUUUCCAGAAAGCUGGGGAUCAGUAUAAAGCCGUAGGCAGGCUGCACCUGGCAGCCACCGCCUUCAAGGAGGCCAGCUCUCUUAUGCUGAAGAGUAAAGAAUUCACAGAGGAAACAAUCUUAAAUAUUCUCAAUGCUUGCAAAGAGCUCUGUGAUUGUAUCCACAAUGAGGAAGGAUUAGGUAAUCUUUAUAAUGAUGUAGGACUUGGAUUCUCUCAGCUGAUGCAGUUCCACAAGGCUGCCGAAUGCUUUGAGAAAGCUUUGCCUUUCUGUCAAGCCAAGAAGCAAGACCACAAGAGGGAAGCGGUAGUCUUGCAGAACCUGGGAGCAAUUUACAACACCAUGGACAAAUUCCAACAAGCCCUGCAUUUUCAUAAGGAAGCAGCAGCACUGCAUGGCUGUAUGGGAAACCGCAAUGCACAAGGCCAGUGCUUUUCUAAUCUAGCCUUUGCUUUUAGCCAGCUGGGAGAGUAUGAGGAAGCAGAAGAGAACUACCUGCAUGCAUUGCUUGCUUUUAGAGACACAGUUGUACAGGUCUUUCAUCUUUUGACGUCCAAGACCUUUGACACCAGACCAGGUGAUUUCCAUGGUCAGUAUCAGUCCUGUGAAGGUCUUGGUGCAAUUAAGGUUCGCUUACGUGAGCCUGACAGAGCCAUUCUCUACUAUAAAGAAGCCCUGUCCCUGAUAUCAAAAUGCAAGGAUAUGUCAGGCAGUGCCCAGGAGAGACUUGUAAACAAGCUUACAGACACCAUCCAGUAUAAACUUUGCUCAGACAGCUCAUUUUUUAGCAGAGGUGUCACUAAAACUGCUUUGCCAUUUAAAGGCCUUCCUGAAAAUCCUUCACCCUUUGAGGCAAUCAUGUCUAAUCAACAGCGACAUCCACAGGAGCAACACAUACCUAUUAGACCCAUGGUGAUAAACAGUGCCCCCCAUUUCAUGAAUGGUGAAAAUUCUCACCUCAGAACAGAGGAUAGAAUUCCUGUGAAACCUGAUCGUCACAGUAAAGAAGAUGUUUUGAAGGAGUCAGCCUUUGUCAGCCCUCAGGAUGAGAAUGGUGGGCCUCGACCAGAAAAUUCAGACUUCAGUCAGAAAAAUGAAGCACUGGCAGGAGUGACAAAGUCAGAUGUCAGAAAAACUGACCGAAGAGAAACACAAGAGCCAACUUAUUUGAUGAUGUUGCCACAAGCCAAUAGGAAUCUUAAUAACACUUGCCUACAGCCAGACCAAAAUUCCCAAAAUCAUAAACUACAGAAACCCCAAAAAAGUGACUACCAUUCUGAGACAAUGAAGAUGAAAACAGUAGAACCAGAGAAGAAUGCUUCUCACAUUAUGAACAGUGAAGAUACAAUUGAUGACAAGCAGGAUGGAAGGAAGAGUCAAAAAAGAGAUAAAUCUCAAUCUAGGGUAUGCACAGUGAUGUGAGCUAAUAGGACAACAGAACAUGAGAACAUCAAACAUAUGCAGAGCAUUUAGUUCAGAUGUUGAAGAUGGAAGCAUAAACUAUGCCAUGUUUGCUUCUUCCCAAUGGAGAUAUUAUUUAAAUAUGUUUGAAUAGCUGAAAAAGAACUGAAGAUAGUAGAAAAAAUUAAAAGGACAAUUUCAAUAACUGUUCAUGUAACAAAGUAAUGGAAUCAUGCUUUAUCAUUUUUGUAUUUGUACCAAAACACUGGGGAGUCGCACAGUAGGUCCAACAGGUCUUCCAGUAGUUUUCAUAAAGAUUUGCAGUUGCGUCUCCCGGUUCUUAGAUUCUAGGAUUAUGUUUUGUUCUACUUAUUUUUAGUUAAUGUAACAGAAUUUUUCUGAUUAAAAAAAGUAAAACCUCUGGAAAAGUAGGGAGGGUGGAAUUUUCUGAAAUAUCUUUAUACGUCGAUGAUGUAUUGACACGUUGUAAAUUGUAAAGGAACUAUUUAAAUAUCGUGAGACAGUUGGGGAUGGGGGAGAAACGACCUAAAAAAAUAAAAAAAUCACCAAAUCAUCAUAACGCGAGGGUUCUCAUCUAUCCAAAAAAAGGAGUAACAUGGACAGCAUUUCUUGAUAUUAAUCCUUUUUGGCCAAAGUAAUAUAUGUGUACAGCAUUUUUAA